GAAUGAAUGAGUGCUGAAGGGAUGCACGUCGCCUUUGCAGCUUCUCUUUUCUGCCUGAAACCUCAAGAGGUGCGAUCAACGACAAAGAGGCCCACCCAGAUUCAUACCACUCAUCUCUCACUUGGGGGCUGAUGCGCUCCGGAAAGAUAUCUGCACUUGCAGAAGACUUGUUUAGCGUACGGACAUGACGGCUCCUCCUGUGUAUGUGGUCGACAGCCACGCUACGGCCCCUCCGCUGCCACCCCGAGCAGCCCGGGGUCGAGGACGGACCGGAGGCCUGGCUCAGAGCCUUCUCUUCGUGCUGGUGAGCGUAGCCUUGGGUGGGGUCAUACUGGAGGCUGUGCUGAUCUUCUACCUCCACCCAAGUCGACCUGAACGAGCAUCAGCUUCCUUCUCCGAGCUCACCGCAGAAAAACUUGAGCGGCCUCCUUCUCCCAGUCCUGAGGUUCCGCUUUCUAAACCAGCUGCACAUCUGAUGGAUGGACCAGAUGCUGUUCACGACAAAGCAAUCCUGGGCUGGAGCACCAUAGCGGACCCCCUCCUCCACCAGAUGGACUACAAGGACAGAAGUCUGGUCAUCCGCAAGGACGGUCACUACUUUGUCUACUCCAAAGUGUUCUUCGUGGACGUGGGCGUGUUCCACCACACCAUGCACACUCUCAGGGAUGAGGAGAGCAUCCCGCUCUUACAGUCCAGGACGUAUUCCACAAAGACGGAGAAGAAGUCCAACAGCUUCCUGGGGGGCGUCUUCCACCUCCACAAAGGCGACGCCCUUUUCGUCAAAGUGAGCAACUCCUCCAAAGUAGCGCGCCACAAAACCUACGAGAACGUCUUUGGCGCAUUCAUGAUCUAAAGCAGGGGUGUCCAAACAUAAGAAGUUGUAUUUCUUUUAUAUUUUGGAAAAACCGUGAUAGAGCAAAGCCACAAAACUCGAACCACAAAAGGUGAGGGACGACUGUACAUUUAACACACCGAAUGUUAAUAGAAGAACUGCAAAAGAACUGAAAAUGUAAAUUUAGCUCACAUGUAGUACACAGCAUCAUGUAGUCCUACCUAGCGCCUGCUUUUGUUGUGUUGAUGUUUGGAGUUUGGAGUGUCCGUGAAUGCACCUAGCGGCAGAGAGGUGGAGAAUGAGGAAGUGUUAAUAGUAAUAAUAAUAAUAAAUUUGAUUUAGAAGCUCUGUUCUAAAAACACAAAGGCACUUUACAAUAGGACAAGCAAUGCACUCAACACAAUGCUCAAUAAAGCAAAAGAAUACAUAUACAGCUCAAAUGGGAGUACCACAGGGAGGUGACGGUGAAACUAAAGGCUCUGUUGUCCCAGGUAAGGUGCUUGGCCACAGCGGUUAUGCUGUUGAUGUGUUAAGGUAGGAAUAAAGUUAAAGUUAAUAAAGUUACUUGCCUCUGUCCGCAUCAUAGAGGUGUGUCUUGCCAUAGUUUUAAUGUCAUUAAUUCAAUGAUGCGUUAUUUCUGACAGCCCUAGUUAUUGAUAUUCAUUUUUCAACUUUCCUUAGAUUAAGUCUGCUCUUUUUUUCUUCUUCAAUUGUACUUUUAGAACGUGCGGGCCAAUAGAUUGAAGAUGCGGGCCGCAGACACCUCUUGUCUUUUCUAUAGCAUCUGUUGUGAUUGUGGCUUUUCUGGUGUCGUUAAGUCUCUCAAACGAGAAGAAAUAAGAAGGCUGCUUUUCCGUCGGCACUGUUUUUUCCAUGUUACACCUCUUCCUGUCUACUUGUAAAAAGAUGAUCACCAACACGCCCUCGUGUGUAAUCCAGGAGGAAGCAACAGUGGAAGGGAGAGUGGAGGUGUGGU